UAGAAGUAUGUACUGGUUACAUGUAUUCAGCUCAGCGCGGCCCGGGAGUCAGCAGCUGCCGUCGGUAGUUAAAGGGCACUGUGGUAUUAAACUGUAACCGGAGACUGGAUGCGCGGUUUCCCACUGAAGUUCAAUUCGUGUACGCCUGUGACAUCCUAGGUAACGUUUGGAAAAAAAAGGAACAGGAAGAGCAGAGAGGCAACCAACCCUGGCCCCGUCUCCCGCCCCCUGCCAUGCGGUUGCCGUUUCUGGUAUGGACCAUGUAACGCCAGGCCAGGAUGUUUCCGGAAGCUUGAUGUAUCGCGUGGAGCGCCCAGUGUACCAUGAGGGGUACAUCCAAACCCAGCUCCUGCACAGGAAGGAGAGGACGCCGAAAUCCAUCAGCCAGAGGCUGAAAGAGCAGCUACGAUGCUCCUCGGAGAGGGCCAGGUCCAUCCUGUUCAGUUUCCUGCCCAUUCUCACGUGGCUCCCGUCCUACCCCGUCAGAGAGUACCUGUUCGGCGAUGUCGUCUCGGGCAUCAGCACAGGGGUCAUGCAGCUACCUCAAGGUCUGGCCUACGCAAUGCUGGCAGCUGUGCCUCCGGUGUACGGCCUGUACUCCUCCUUCUACCCGGUCCUGCUCUACACCUUCUUUGGAACCUCCAGACACAUAUCUAUAGGCACCUUCGCCGUUAUCAGUCUGAUGAUCGGGGGCGUGACCGUGAGGGAGGCCCCUGACUCCAUGUUUUACGUGCAAGUCCUCAACGGCACCAACUCGUCCACCGUGUUGGACACAGAGGCCCGAGACGCCAGGAGGGUCCAGGUGGCCGUAGCUGUCACCUGCAUAGUGGGCAUCAUCCAGUUGGUCCUGGGCCUGCUGCGCUUCGGCUUUGUUGCCAUCUACCUGACGGAGCCGCUGGUGCGGGGCUUCACCACGGCGGCCUCCGUCCACGUCUUCAUCUCACAGCUCAAGUACCUGCUGGGCGUCAAGACCAGCCGCUUCAGCGGACCCCUGUCCGCUGUGUAUAGUGUUGUUGCGGUCCUGAAGGACAUCGCCAGCACUAAUAUCGCCACGCUCGUGGUGGGACUCGUGUGCAUCGUGUUCCUGUACGGGGUGAAGGACAUCAACGACCGCUUCAAGAAGAAGCUGCCGGUGCCCAUUCCUGGGGAGAUCAUCGUGGUGAUCGUUUCAACAGGGGUCUCCUACGGGAUGCAGUUGUACGAAAACUACAACGUGGAUGUCGUUGGGACAAUUCCUACAGGGCUUCUUCCACCCGUUGUCCCAGAUUUCUCUAUUAUUCCGAACGUAAUCACAGAUGCCGUCGCCAUCGCCAUCGUGGCCUUUUCCAUGGGGAUCUCCCUGGCCAAGAUCUUUGCGCUUAAGCAUGGAUACAGAGUUGAGGGCAACCAGGAGCUGAUAGCCCUGGGCGUCUGUAACCUCACCAGCUCUUUCUUCCACACCUUUGUGGUUACCUCCUCCAUGUCCCGCAGCCUGGUACAGGAGAGCACAGGGGGGAAAACACAGAUAGCAGGACUGCUGGCAUCUCUGGUGGUGCUGUUGGUGGUGGUUGCCAUCGGCUUCGUGUUCGAGCCUCUGCCUCAGACCGUGCUGGCCGCAGUCAUCAUGGUGAACCUGGUGGGCAUGUUCAAGCAGCUGAAGGACAUCCCAGCUCUCUGGAGAACCAGCAAGAUUGAGCUGGCUAUCUGGUUGGUGUCCUUUGUGGCGUCAGUUCUGUUGGGCCUGGACUAUGGCCUUCUGGUGGCCAUUGGUUUCACCAUCCUCACUGUCAUUUACAGGACGCAAAGUCCAAAGAGUAUCAUUCUUGGUCAGAUCCCAGACACAGGGCUGUAUUGUGAUGUUGAAGAAUAUGAAGAGGCCACUGAAUAUAGAGGGAUUAAAAUAUUCCACACCAACACGUCUAUCUAUUUUGCAAACAGCGAGCUCUAUGUCAGUGCCCUGAAGGAAAAGACAGGUGUAGACCCAACGUUGCUGCUGGCUGCACGGAAGUCUCGCCUGAGGAAAGAGAAGAAACGGAGGAAGGAGAAGGAGGCACGAGAGCAGGGCACGCCCCAGGAGAGGAAAGCAGUCGUUAAACUCGAUGUGGAGAUGGGCGUCACGCAUGAGCUGGUGGGCGAGGCGGAGCUGCAGAAGAACGGCCACAUAGCGGAAGUGCUGGCGGAUUCCGACUCCGAGGAGACCUGCUCGUUCCUGGAGCCGCUCAGCUCGGUCCAUUCCAUCAUACUGGACUUCACCCCAGUCAACUUCAUCGACUCUGUGGGAGCCAAAGCCAUCAAAUCGGUGAUAAAGGAGUAUGCAGAGAUUGAUGUACAUGUUUUCCUUGCUGGGUGUAGCAGGAACUUGCUGGAACUCCUCAGGACUCUGAAUUUCUUUGAUGGCAAAGUGACCCCGGAGCAGGUGUUCCCCACCAUCCAUGAUGCAGUGCUGCACUGCCAGCACCAGGAGGCCCACCUCUCUGACCAGCAGGAGGGCGGAGUCGGGGGCGUGGCAGAGUGAAGCGACACGCCCAACCUCAUUCUGGAUCUCCAGAGAUGGACACGACUCCACAUACAUCCCCCCUUACUUCCUGUCAGAGGGCAAAUCCACUCUUUUACGAACUUCUAGAAAAAUGUUCAAGUGGGAGGGCUAGGCAGAGUUCUAACAUUCCAGUACGCUUUAUUUUAAAGACUACAAAACAAUAGUGGGUUAUUUUAAGCUGAGGAGAUGCCGUGCUGCUUUGAGCAUCAAGCCAUUUAGAUUUAAUAUUUAUUCCUUUGGUUUUUGUAUGACACUUUUUUCACCUUUUUAUGAAAGGACUGAGUAUAGGUGAAAUACAGCUUGAUUGCUUCACUGAUUAGCUUGUUUUUUUUCUCAACAUUGCCUUGUAUACAUCAUUUAACACUUUCUACCUGUUACUGCCGAAAGGUGACUACUGACUAGGCCAGACAAAGAAGUCUUGGGUUUUGCUUUUCAUUGAACAAUUGAGACAGUCAUUUCAAAUAGGAAGACUGUUGGAUGUCUGGAUGAUGGCUUUCCUUGGACAUGUCCAUCGAGGCAUUCGAGCCGAUGCAUUUCAAAUACACAAGUGUUGUAGAUUGUGGCAAUGUGGCUGUGUGACAUUUAGUCCUUGUCCUUCACAGAUCAUGGCUACAGGUGUGCGUAGCAUCAUGUGUCAGCGCAAGCUGUGUCUCUCCUGAGUCUCACCUGUUGGUCCUGUCGUUGCUUUCAGCACUGCACAGGUGUGCUGAAAAUCAGCAGCUGAAUCCUAGUGAAUUUUACGUCACUAAGCAAUUCAUUUUUCAGGUUAGGCCUCAUCUAUGGUAAAAACCAUUGGGGUGACAGAGAUUUUAAGUUGCACUUUGGGGCAUCCACCAUGCCCUCAUUUGUGUAAUGUCAUUGAAGAACUGCAGCUCUUCUAGUGGGUUAGUGUUCAUAAACUGGUUUGUGUAUGUGUGUAUGCGCACUAAUGUAUUAAUAUAUCUGUAUACAUGUUGUUUUUAUGACAGUGCUUUGACUGCCAGACUUCUAUUGCAUUUAUAAUUUCUCCAUGUUACCACAAAUUUCCAUUAAUAUCAUAUAUGUGCUGAUUUGAAAGUUGGAUAUCUGCUUAUAAGAAACAGUGUGGACCAGUCUUCAACAUGAUUGUUAAUCAUUCAGUAGGAAGAGCUUGUGUGAAGUAGUGUGGGGGAAGAGCUCCUGCCAGUCACAAGGUUAGUACAUUUUUGAAAAUAGUUGAUGUUCAGUAUUGUCAUAUUUUGACAAAGUGAUUUGAUGACCAUUACGAACAUCUGUUACAAGGGACUUUGAAUGUUCACAGUUGGAUUCUGUCAAGUUAUCAGAUGUUUUCUGGUGACUGCAAAGUUUGUCUCCUGAUGAAGUCUAUGUUUGGUGGAGUCUUGUGUAUUGUAGUUUGUUCAACAUGAGCUAUAACCCCUUGCUAAAUGGCUAACUUCUCUGCAGGAUCUGGCUCUCAAUUCCUGAAUGUGGUCUGAUCAAUUUCAGUGACACAAAGCGUCCUCCACCUUCUUUCUGUGCCAGUUUUGUUUUCUUACGUUUUACAAAUAGUUUUAAAGUAUGCUUUCAUAUAGGAAUGAGAGGGUUACCAAAGAUGGCUCUCAGAAAUCAUACAUGCGCAUCACCAUUAUCUGGUGUGUCUUGCAUAGAUUGUGUUUUUUUAAUCUAUUUAUGUGGCUGGAUAUUUACUGAAGCAGUUUAUGUUAAGCACCUUGAUAAGGGGCACAACAGUGCCCCCACUCAUGGCUCAAGCUAGCAACCUCCUGGUGAAGAGGCCAGUCCCCUCGGCGCUACGCCACAAACCCCCAAUUUCCUCCUUUUUUGCUGUACUGUAGUUGCUGCAUUUUAUGCACCUCCUUUCAAAUUAAACUAUUUUUGUAAAACAAAAUAUUAAAAGUAUUGAUG